ACUCCAAGAUGGCGCGUUCCGUCACGGGCUGACUCCGUUGGCGGCGCGCGCACCGUAGUGGUAGCGACGAGGGCUGUUCUUAUCCUUUUCCCCGCCAACGGCGGCUUCUGUGGGGGUCGUUCGUUCCUUAUCCUUGCUUUCUUCUUCUGUUUCCAUACACAGGUUUACAUUUUGAAAACAACUUGAACAUUCUACUAUUCUUCUGGAUUGCGUUGCUUUACAGAAUAAAAUGUUUUUCUGACUGAGAGUUUAUCUAAUGGCUAUGAAUCUGUUUCCUGGACAUACUUUCUAUGUUCUGCUGGAACACUGAAGCUCUUCAAGUUUAUUGUCUGUGUAGAAGCCUGCCUCUCACACUUGAUUAAAGAGGUUAGAUUCUGCUAGCAAUGAGUUCUCAAAACCAUUCAGAUGGACUUUCUGGCAGGGAUCAGCCAGUAGAAUUGCUAGAUACGUCCAGAGUAAAUCAUAUUCCAAGUUCUGUUGAUGUGUCCACAACAGUACCUUUGCAAGUAUCACCAUCUAUAGUACCUAUGGAUCUUCACUUGGAUCAUCAAUUCUCCAUGCCAGUGAGUGAACCUACAUUACGUGAACAGCAGCUCCAACAGGAAUUGUUAGCCCUCAAACAAAAACAACAAAUCCAGAGACAGAUCCUCAUAGCAGAAUUCCAGAGACAACAUGAACAACUUUCUCGUCAACAUGAAGCUCAGCUACAUGAACACAUAAAGCAGCAACAGGAGAUUCUAGCAAUGAAACAUCAGCAGGAGCUGUUGGAGCACCAGAGAAAAUUAGAACAGCAUCGGCAGGAGCAAGAGUUAGAGAAACAACACAGAGAGCAGAAGCUCCAGCAGCUUAAAAACAAGGAGAAGGGAAAAGAAAGUGCAGUGGCAAGUACAGAAGUAAAAAUGAAAUUACAAGAGUUUGUUUUAAAUAAAAAAAAGGCUUUGGCUCAGCGAAAUCUCAACCAUUGCAUUUCCAAUGAUCCUCGUUUCUGGUAUGGGAAAACACAACAUAGUUCUCUUGAUCAGAGCUCUCCACCACAGAGCGGAACAUCAGGCACUUACAAUCACCCUGUAUUAGGAAUGUAUGAUUCCAAAGAUGAUUUUCCACUCAGAAAAACAGCAUCUGAGCCCAAUCUCAAAUUGCGAUCUAGAUUAAAGCAGAAGGUUGCUGAAAGGCGCAGCAGUCCCUUGUUAAGAAGAAAAGAUAGUCCUAUAGCUACAGCUCUUAAAAAACGUCCAUUAGAUGUCACAGAAUCUGCAUGCAGUAGCGCUCCUGGAUCUGGCCCUAGUUCUCCAAACAAUAGUUCCAGUAAUAUAAGCACUGAAAAUGGAGUUGGAUCAGUUGCAAAUAUUCAAGCAGAGACCAGCUUGGCUCAUAGACUUGUUAAUCGUGAAGGCUCAAUAACACAGCUUCCAUUGUAUACAUCUCCCUCAUUGCCUAAUAUAACCUUAGGACUACCUGCAGCUGCCCCAUGUACUGGUGGAUCAGGACAGCAAGAUUCUGAAAGACUUGCUAUUCCAUCAUUACAACAACGAAUCUCCAUAUUUCCUGGCACCCACAUCACUCCUUAUUUGAGCAGUACAGCAGUGGAUAGAGAAGGGGGAGCAACACACAGUCCGCUUCUCCAACACAUGGUUUUACUGGAACAGUCAACUGCACAAAAUCCACUAGUCUCAGGACUAGGGGCACUUCCGCUCCAUGCGCAGUCCCUUGUGGGUGCUGAUAGGCUGUCUCCCUCAAUACACAAACUGCGGCAGCACCGCCCUCUGGGGCGCACACAGUCUGCUCCUCUUCCCCAGAAUGCACAGGCCCUGCAGCAAUUAGUGAUCCAACAGCAGCAUCAGCAAUUCUUGGAAAAACACAAACAGCAAUUUCAGCAGCAGCAGUUGCACAUUAGCAAGAUGAUGCCAAAAUCAAAUGAGGCUUCCCGUCAGCAUGAAAGCCAUCCUGAAGAGACUGAAGAAGAAUUAAGAGAACAUCAGGCAUUUUUGGAAGACCAAUAUAUUGACAGGGUAGCAAAUCAAAAGGAAAUUCAGGGAUUGACCCAGAUGGUCCAUGUGAAGCAAGAACCUGCUGAAAGUGAUGAAGAUGGAGAACAACUAGACUUAGAACCAGGACAGAGGCAAGCAGAGCAGGAACUGCUCUUCAGACAGCAAACUCUUUUACUGGAGCAGCAGCGCAUUCAUCAGCUCAGAAACUAUCAAGCGUCCAUGGAAGCAGCUGGCAUUCCAGUGUCUUUUAGUGGGCAUCGGCCACUUUCUCGAGCUCAAUCAUCACCUGCUUCUGCCAACUUUCCUUUAUCCACACAGGAGACACCGUGUAAGCCACAGUUCACAACAGGCCUUGUAUAUGACACCUUGAUGCUGAAACACCAGUGCAUCUGUGGAAACACAAACAGUCACCCAGAACAUGCAGGGAGAAUCCAAAGCAUUUGGUCACGGCUUCAGGAGACAGGUCUUCGUAGCAAGUGUGAGUGUAUCCGUGGAAGAAAAGCAACUCUAGAAGAAUUACAGACGGUGCAUUCAGAAGUGCACACACUGCUUUAUGGUACCAACCCUCUGAACAGACAGAAAUUGGACAGCAGGAAACUGUUAGGCUCUCUGACAUCACUGUUUGUCAGGCUUCCAUGUGGUGGCAUUGGAGUGGACAAUGAUACAAUUUGGAACGAAGUGCAUUCAUUCAGUGCUGCUCGUCUUGCUGUUGGCUGUGUCGUAGAGCUUGUUUUUAAAGUAGCUACAGGAGAACUAAAGAAUGGAUUUGCUGUAGUUCGACCUCCUGGUCACCAUGCAGAAGAAAGUACACCUAUGGGUUUUUGCUAUUUUAACUCUGUAGCCAUUUCCGCCAAGCUUCUCCAGCAGAGAUUGAACGUGAACAAAAUCCUUAUAGUGGACUGGGAUGUACAUCAUGGAAAUGGUACCCAGCAAGCUUUCUACAGUGAUCCCAAUGUCCUUUAUAUUUCACUCCAUCGCUAUGAUGAUGGAAACUUCUUCCCAGGCAGUGGAGCCCCUGAUGAGGUUGGCAUAGGAUUGGGUGUUGGCUUUAAUGUAAACAUAGCAUUUACUGGUGGUCUUAAUCCACCAAUGGGAGACCCAGAAUAUUUGACUGCUUUCAGAACAAUAGUAAUGCCUAUUGCUCAUGAGUUUGCUCCAGAUGUUGUGCUCGUGUCAUCAGGUUUUGAUGCAGUAGAAGGUCAUCCUGCACCACUUGGGGGAUAUAAUCUGUCAGCAAAAUGCUUUGGAUACCUGACGAAACAGCUAAUGGGGCUGGCCGGAGGACGAAUCGUUCUAGCUCUUGAAGGAGGUCAUGACCUGACAGCCAUUUGUGACGCAUCUGAAGCAUGUGUUUCUGCUUUGCUUGGAAAUGAGCUUGAUCCUAUUCCUGAAAAAAUAUUACAGCAGACAGCAAAUGUUAAUGCAGUGCAUUCCAUUGAGAAGGUCAUUGAAAUACACAGUAAGUACUGGCAUUCACUCCAACGUUAUUCUUCAACAGUCAGUUAUUCUUUGAUAGACGCACAGAAGCAUGAUAAUGAAGAAGCAGAAACUGUAACAGCUAUGGCAUCUUUGUCAGUGGGAGUUAAGCCACUUCCUGAGAAAAAGCUGGAUGAGGAGCCCAUGGAAGAAGAUCCUCUUCUGUAGCGUUCAUCUAGUUUGAAGCGCUCCAGUUAAAUUCAUCUUGUCUUUGAAGGCCUGAACGCUUUCUCUUGUU